AUGGCAUCCGCGGUCCCUGCCAACUUGGAGGUGGUCUUGUCCCCCCUCGUCCUCCCCUUCUCGCAACCCACCAUUUCCAUCCAGGUCGCUAUCCACAACGCUGCCGCAACUCCGGUGACUAUCGUGAAGUGGAACAGUCCGUUGGACCCCAGUGCCGGUGUGCUGGGGGUUUUCAAAGUGCGCGACGCAACCACAGACGACCUCGUGCCGCUGGACGAAAUCAAGAUAUCCCGUCAAUUACCGCCGUCCGCAGAUGACCUGGUCGAGAUCCCUGCCGGGCGCUCCGUCGAGGCCGUGGUGAAUCUGCCUAGUGGCGCUCUGGUCGCCGGACAUGAAUACGCCAUCCAGGCCAAGGGCAUUUGGCACGCCGUGUGGGAGACUCCGCGCGAGGAGGUGCAGGGAGUGAGAUUGGAGCAGUUCGAAGAUGCGAUGAGGGGCGACUUUGUUUCCAACGAGGUGUCGGUGAAGGAGAGUGGCAACUGA